CAUAUAUUGCCCUGCUGUGAGGACGUGGGCGCCAUGCUGAAGAAGACACGAUUAUCCCGCGUCUUCUACACCACUUUUUUCACUGUUCUUGCCUUUAUCUUUUUCAUCCUCACUCUCCUGACUCCUGCUGAUACCAUCUACCAGUCCUCCAAGACCCGCCGCCUGGGUAAUGUUUUUAUUGUCAGUGGUGUUUAUAUCAUAACUCUGCUUUUAGCCAUAUUGAUCUAUGCGAGCCGCAUUUUCACGAACCGCAGCGUUCUUGCCGGUAUUCCCAAACCAUGGAUUCCAGUGGAGAAGCCUGACGUUCCAAAGAGUGUUCGAAGACUAGUUGUCAAGGGCCUUUCGAGGAGUGCUAUCAUUGCUCAGCAAUCACGCCCACGAGAUAGGACGGGGGAGGACAAUAGCAUGCUGGAUCCUAGCUUGACCAUUGCUACCACAGGAACACCACCAUGGGGCCAUAUCUCUCACCCUGGCUGGACCGCCCCUGAUUGUCCAGAUAUGCAUAACCAAGAAUUCGAGCCAGUUAUUAAGGAGCUUCCACAUCUCAUUGAGGCAAAAGCUGUAUCCUUUGCUCCCAUGGAUCCUCGCCUUCCAAUGUUUGGCAACCAGGACCCGGAUGAGGCCAGCGAAACAAACCAGCCAAUUCCAGAUGAGCGGAUUGUCGAAAUCCUCCGACGGCCUGGCAACAUGUCUCUACGCGACUACGUGAACCAUCUGAUACGUCUCAAUGUCAUCAACCCUCCAGACCUUGGUCGGUCAUUUGUCCGCCUCUACGAACGCGGCAGAUUCGCCGACGCGCCAUUGACCGAGCCGGAAUUCAGAUCACUGCUGGGCAUGUUCGCUGAGCUCCUGCGGGGUAUGUCGGAACUGGAUCCCGAAAUCACUGCAGAAGUCCAGUCGGAAAGCUCUAUCGACGGCGGUAUGGGGCAUUUUAGUAACACGUCCAGCCGCGCACACCUCAACACCAACAUUCCCCCAAGCUCCAGCGCGUCGUUCACGUCGAGUCAUCAAUCAGGCACUGGCAGUCAGCAGAGCCAGCGCAGCCGCUUCCACCCUUCCACAUUUCCGAGAAAUGGUUCUUUCAUCCUCGAUAGGUCUAGUGGCCGACAAAGCUUGCGUGCUCGCGGCAGUCGAACGCCAUCUGCCUAUUCCUUGCCAACUAUGGCAUCGGACCUUUCUGCCGCAAGUUCAGCGGGGAGUGUCAUUCACCACACGCAUUCGCAGAUGUCUUAAUUAAUUGGUUUCUGCUAAUCCGAGCGUAUUCGACGGAUUGUCAAGCAGGGACCAAGCAGCAGCAAUUCUUAUACUGUUACUUUCUGGCUUAAUUCAUCCUCUUUUCAUCCCCUUUUCUUCCCGUUUCUAUGCGAUAUACUUUUUUAAUGUUUCUACGUUUCCUUUAUCUCUCCGAUUCUAAACCGGGAAAGGCGUUCUGGCGAAAGAAGCACGUAGUGCUACGGAGGGGUUUUUUUUUGGUGUUAUUCGCCCAAGCUGCAACGGCGUCUGUUCUUUGAAUACUUUUGAUUUCCUCUAUUCUAUUUCUUUUCUAUAUACCCUGGGAUUCGUGGUGGGAACGUCUCGCGAUGAUAUUGUCUUCUCUCUCCUUUUUUAUGCCGUACGGUCCAAGUGCUGGUUUUGAGUAGAUGUUUCAUAAUUGGGCAAUGCUGCUUAGGACUUCACACCUUCGUUAGAAGAGAAUACCAUCUGGCUUCUUGUUCCAUCUCCGAGGGAGAUGGCAAGAUUAUCGCUCGUCAUAUGCAUCAGUUAUGCAAGUCAGGAGACCGUCAAUCAGUUUAGCAUGGAGAGUUUGUGAUAGUCGUUCAAGAAGAGUC